GACACCGUUUGAUGAUUACGAAUCGUUACCACAGAACCCAAUCUCACAAUACUCUAAAGGACAAAGGCACUACGGAACUUUCCCAGAAGUCGCCUCAGUCUGUCUCGGAAAUACAGAGCACGCGCCGUGCAUAACUACCCCCAGCGACCAGUCUCACAUCAUAGACAGACUGUUACACCAUGGCGAAAAGAAAAAAUCGUCACGAGAGGGAAAGGCUCAAACGCCGUCGCGAGCUUAGCCGAAAUGGGUACAACAUCGCCAGCACACUCGAAUAUCGGACUCUUCGGCAGGGCGCAAGAAAGCAGAUCGCCUGCGAGCGCGCAGUAAGACUAUGGAUAUAUCCGUGGAUCAUGGCUCCGACUGGCCGAUUCCGACAUUCGUACCCCAAAGCCAGCCUUCUUGGCCUACCUUCCGAGAUUCGCCAACAGAUCAUUUACGAAGCAUUCGGUAUGACUGAGCUGAGACGCAUGGUUGAGUACACAGAGAACAAAGGAGCUCUGGCGGCAGCUCGGACCAAAGAGAAGGCACAAAAGCUGAAACAACGACGAGAGACAGCACUGGGUAUACCUAUGUCGCAGUUCGAAAGCGACUGCAUCACGAUGCUACAUCGACGUGUUACUGACUUCUGCUGUGUGUCGCAUUUCCUACAUGCCGAUCUGGAGUACGUGAGGAAGCUAUGGAAGAAAGAUCCGGAGAAGUCGCUCAAGUGGCAGUUGUCAGCGCCGCUGAAACUGCACAAAGCUCCCACCCUGAAUACGGCUCACAUCCCGAAACGAAUAAAGGGAAAAGUGGUCAAAGUGAAGGGACCGGGCAAGCAUGCUAGACGACCCCCAAAGUGUUGGAAGUGUGAGGAAAGACAUUUUGAUAGAGAUCCUGUCUGUCCGAUGGCUAGAUGUGAUCUUGAGAAAUGGCGGCGACUGACGAAGAGGAAGAGGGAAGACUGGACGGAUAGAACACAACCAUGCUCGCUAUUCAAGGGGACGAAAAAAGUGUUUGCCGACGACCAGGAGCUUGAGGUAGGUAGAAUGAAAUUUGAAAUACAAGCCGGGAGACUACCUUGUCGCUGAGGUGUUUGGAAUCAAACUUGAAGUACAAGCCGGGAGGCGACAUGUCGCUACCAUCCUUCAAAUAGUAACUGUGUUACUCAAUGUAGUCCACACUCAGAUGUUGGACUAUCACGUACAGCAGGUGAACGCAAGUCGUCUUCACCUUCUCUAGACUGGAGCUGCUCUUUUCAAGG